AUGGCCAACAACGACUGGCACCUGGAGCUGGUCCAGGCCAAGAUCCUGGCGGAGGAGGAGAAGAAGCUGAGGGAGGAGAAGGAGGAGGAGCUGAGGGAGGAGAGGAGGAAGAACGAGACCUUGGAGCUGGUCUCCAAGGCCGGGGUUGAUCGCUUGCGGGCGGUCAACCAGGAGAAGGAGGCCCUCGAAGAGAGGGUCAUGGUGCUGGAGGGGGAGGCUGCAAUGAUGGACAGCACCAUCGACGAGGGCGACGCGUUCCUGGAGGAACAGCAAGCCAAGCUGGAGAGGGUGGAGGGGCAGCUGAAGCAGCUGCGGGGCCGCAACAAGGCCCACGCGAACACCAUCGGCCGGUUGCUUUCGGCCAACUCGGCCCUGCAGGUCAGGGUCGACGAGGCGGAGCGCCGGUCGGCGGAGCUCGAGGGCCUCCAGGCCCAGGUGGACUCCGUGGGGGAGCAGGUCUCCGCCCUCGCCACCGCCGCCGCCGCGCCCAGCCUGGCCGACGAGCUGCCCUGCAGCCCGGACGCUGCCUCUCCCGCCGCGUCUCCAGUUGGCUCUGCCGCUGGUUCUCUCCCCGUUUCGCCCGCGGCCUCUCCCGUCGCCUCUCCCGAUCCUUCUUCCCCCCCUUCCCCCGAACCCUCCCCCGUCCCCUCUCUCAGCGGCGCCGAUGACGGCUUUUCAGCUACCGGCGCCACCACCGGCGACAGCGACGGCGACAGCGACGGCGACAGCGACGACAGCAGCGACAGCGACGAGGCGGCGCAGCGCGCCACAUCCCCUCACGGCGUCGUCAAGAGCCUGCUGCUGCAGGAUUACCGCGUGUUUGAGGAAGCGGAGGACCUCACCACCCCCGCCGACGUCCCGCUUCCUGUCUCGCCCUCCAUCGGCAUUCCGCCCAUCGAGGUCCCGCUGCCGUCAGAGGAGCUCACCACCCCCGCAGAGGUCCCGCUUCCUGUCUCGCCCUCCAUCGGCAUUCCGCCCAUCGAGGUCCCGCUGCCGUCAGAGGAGCUCACCACCCCCGCAGAGGUCCCGCUUCCUGCCUCACCUUCUAUCGGCAUUCCGCCUGUCGAGGUCCCAUUGCCGUCGGAGGAGCUCACAAUUCCCGCCGAAGUCUCGCUGCCUGCCUCACCCAUCACAUCCGAGAAGCAGCUUGCUAUCACCACCAGCGGCUCAUCCAUCACCACCUCACCCAUCGAGGUCCAUCUUCCCUCCUCACCCGAGCCUUCCUCUCAGCCCGUCGCCACCACCCGGGUCAUCGUGGAGCGCGUCUCAGUCCCAUGCCGCCGUCCACACGUCUUCCUCUGGCCAUUAAUGGUCUUCCUUCUCACUCUCGCCGUCCUCUUUCACUUUGCCGGGCUCUCAGAAGCCGAGCGCAAGCUCUGGUACGACGCCAAUGAAGGCGCUCGCCUAUCGACCAUGCGCCACCUCGACUACGGUGGACGCCAAUGCUGGAGGCUCGCCACGCUCGUCCCGCGCACCCUCUACGUCCCUGGCACUGACGGCUACUUCUCGUCCGAGCCCUGGGAACACCCGCUGGUGAGGGUCGGAGUCACUUUGGUGGAGUUUGUGUUCGGAACCGUCGGCUUCAUAAUUGCGGGUUUCAUCGUCGUGGUUGGCGACUUGCUGGGCUUCCGCUGA